AUGACAUCCGUCUUCCGCAAUGGUCGCAUUUUUGUGCCCUCAUCCGGCGCAGACAAUGAAUUUGCCAAUACAAUGAUCAUCGAGAACGACCGAAUUUCCUAUGUCGGCUCUCUCGAAAACGCUCAAGUCCCCGCAGAUGCAACAGUGGUUGAUCUGGAGAAUCGCGUUGUUGUUCCCAGCUUUAUUGACAGCCAUGUGCAUAUCUUGCAGUAUGGACAUUCCCUGCGGAAAGUGGAUCUAAUCGCCUGUACUUCGCUGGAACAGAUCCGGGAGGCUAUCAAGUCAUACGCCGAGUCUAACCCAUCUGUUCCCCGGAUUCUCUGCCGGGGAUGGAUCCAAAACUCAACCAAUGGAGUUGCUUUAGCUAGUAUGUUGGAUGAUUUGGAUCCUCGGCCUAUUUAUAUCGACGCUUUCGACCUUCAUUCUAUGUGGUGUAAUUCUGCUGGACUCGAGGAGAUGAAAGCUCAUACUGCUCCGGAUCUUCCUGGUGGAACUAUUCAUCGAGACGAGUAUGGCAAGGCCUCGGGUCUAUUGGAUGAGUCUGUCCUGAUAAAUCUGGCCUGGCCACAUUUGGAAAGCCUCUAUUCGAAAGAGGACAAUCUGAGCGCCCUGGAGGUGGCCAUUUCCACUUACACUGCCGCCGGAUACACGGGUAUCGUCGAUAUGGCUAUGGACGAAGGUUCAUGGGAGGUCUUGCAAGAAUAUCGACGCGAUAAAACAAUUCCUUUCCACAUCGGUGCUCACUGGCUCGUUCCAUUCACCGACGAUCAGCAAGCCAAUUUCACCUAUGUGGACCGGGCAAUUGAACUACGAAAGCAGUUCUCCGAUCCCGCCUUCACUGUUCUCGGAAUCAAGUUGAUUUGCGACGGUGUGGUUGACGGGUGCACCGCUGCCCUUCACCAGCCGUAUACCGGCAAAUCAGAUCCAGUGGAACCAAUCUGGCCAGCGGAUAUGCUCAAGGGUGUUGUCCAGCGUGCUGAUUCAGCCGGUCUCCAAUGCGCGAUCCAUGCCAUUGGUGACAAGGCCGUCCACCAAGCAAUUAACGUCCUGUCAGAAGUCGGUACUCCAGGCCGGAGACACAGGAUCGAACAUCUCGAAUUGAGCACAUCUGAGGAUGCGAAGCGACUCGGCCAAUUAGGUAUUACGGCAUCUAUUCAACCAGUCCACUCCGAUCCAGCCCUUUUCAAGGCCUGGCCCAGUCUUGUCGGUCCGCACCGAUGCAAGCGAGCAUUUGCCUAUAAGGAUUUCCUGGAUGGUGGUGCUAAUAUCGCUAUUGGCACUGAUGCGCCUACCGCUCGGCACUUGCCUUUCCCCAAUCUUUAUAAUGCUACCACUAGGCGGUCUGCGCUUGAGCCGGAGUCUAUUGAUACAGUUAACUCACAUUUUGGUAUCACUUUGGCUCAGGCGGCCACUGCUGCUACGACUGGUGCUGCUUAUGCGCGCUUUGCGGACUCUUGGACUGGAAGUUUGAAGGAGGGAAUGAAAGCGGAUUUCCUUGUUGUUGAUAUGCAGUGGAAUCCAGAGACACUUCUUGAAGCGAAUGUUUAUCAGACUUGGUAUUUGGGUAAGAAGAUCUAUGAUUCGAAGUUGGGUACGAAGGUAUAG